GCCGCGUCUCUUUGCUCGCCCGUGUUUCGCAGCGGCCGGUCAAAAAAGUUGGUUGCAGGGAAACAGGUGCUUUCUUCCUUCCUUCCUUCCUUCCUUCCGAAUAAAUAUUCGAAUCGAUCGCCGCGGACAGAUUCGAAGGAUCGUGGACGGAAGGAAAUGUAGUAAUUAUUGCAAAGGUUAUCGUAAAUUAUCGAAAGGUAGUGAGACGAAAAUUUUUCGAAGAUUCUUCUUUUUCUCCUCGAUUUUCGUGAAUCGGAAAAAUUUAACAGUGCCCGUCCACCCAGUGGUUCUCCGACCAAGAUAAGUGUUCGAAAUGUACCUCCGUUGAGAAGAACAGAAGGGAAAGAGUGUUAACGAUGCCGAUUUGAGAGAGCAUAUAUACACUGCCGCCGGGGGAGGCGCUGCUCUGAAGGAUGAUAAUGAGGAGCGAUCGUCCAAGAGAAUUGUGAUGCGUUGCCCGAACCGACGAAGGAUGUCCUUGAAGGAUCGCCAUGAGACGGAAUAUUCUGAAGAUCCUGCCCAUUCUCUGUUACACGCUGCAUUUACACGCGGGACAAUUGAUCCGUGACGCGAGAUGCUUCUUGGAGAACGGCGCAACGGCCGCACACCUCUUCGUGGGCGAAGAUUUGCCGGUCGGUGACACUGUGGGCGUGCUCGGGGUGUUGGGGGACCCCGGGCCCCAAGGCGACAUCGAGCUCAGGCUCCAGGAACUCGACAGCCCCGUCACUUUCUCCGCCUACUCGAAGAAUUUAACCCUUAUCAGACCCCUGGACAAGGAGGGCGUGGACGGACCCGCGAGCGUUUACGUGAACGUGAUCUGCGAGAGGAAGCACACUUUAGACCCUGGCUUCGUGAUACCGGUCAACAUUCGCGUGACUGACGCCAAUGAUAACGCGCCUCAAUUUGUGAACGCGCCUUACGUCUUAAACAUCUCCGAGGUGACAGUGGUGGGUACAAGGGUUCUUCAAGGUGUAAGAGCGGUGGAUGCGGAUCAACCGGGACCAUUUUCUACCGUACAGUAUGCAGUUUUGCCUGGACCACACUCGGAUUACUUCGUGUUCGUGAACGCUUUGGAAGGUACUCUUGUCCUAAGGAAACCACUGGAUUACGAAACACUCGCCAAUUUCUCUGUCGAUAUACGCGCACAAGAUCAAGGUAACCCGCCAAAAUCAUCCGCUACGACACUUUACGUCAAUGUCAUCGACGCGGAUGACCAAAAUCCCGCCUUUCAAAGUGACCAAUACAAAAUUCUCGUUCCUCGAAACAUUAAAACGAGAAAGACGCUGAAGGUAGAUCCUAUGGCGAUAAAAGCGAUGGAUCAAGACGUAGGAAUUAACGCUCCCGUCAAGUACACGAUUCAAGGAGGUAUUCUUCCAUUUCUCACCCUGAAUCCGGAAACAGCCGAGGUUGCCAUAACGCGGCCGUUAUACGAACACGAACUCUUGUCCCCAGCAACGAUAGUCGUCAAGGCUACGCAAUUGGACAAUCCGGACAAAUACGCCCUUUCCACCAUAGUUGUUUCUCGAGAGACCGACUGGAACGUGGAGCCAACCGCUGGUGGAAGAUUACCUAUCAAAUUUAUACGAAGGGAUCAUCAAACCAGCAUCCCGGAAAACACUCCUCCAGGAAGUGUUCUGUUAACGACAGGGGUGAAUAAAUUAGAUUCCAAUUUAAGAUUUUGGCUGGUGGGGGCGAUCGAAGAUCUCGAGAGAUUCUCAAUCACCAAUUCCGGCGAAUUGAUUUUAAAAGGUACUCUGGAUUACGAGAGGAGGGUGCAGCACAGUUUUCUGGUCCGCGUCACCGACGGGCACCACAACGACACCUCGCGCGUGAACGUUUCCGUCGAGGACGUGAACGAAUGGGAACCUCGGUUUCGCCAUCCCAGAUACGAAUUUCACGCGGCGACGUCGAGAGAAGGAUCCAUUGUCGGAAAGUUGGAGGCAGCCGAUGGCGACAGGGACGACAAGAUCAGUUUAUCCCUUAGAGGUCCAGAUGCAAGAUCGUUCGAGAUACGCGACAACGGGGAAUUAAUUCUGAGAUCGGUAGCAACGGUUAACGGUUCCUUGGCCAGAUUAGUGGCAGUGGCUUCGGAUUCUGGCCGCCCUCCCAGAUCCAGCAUGAUCCCGGUGAUCGUGCACGUGCCGAAUAGCGGAUCCUUGCCGAUAGCCGCGAGAGCGGCACCCGCCUGGCUGGGAAGCAGCGUCCUCCUUGUCGCCGUUUUCGGCGCUGUCUUGGGCCUCCUUGGCGUUAUAAUACUCGUUCUGAUAUUGUACAUAUACAAGAACAAAAGGCCAAAGACGAGCGGUUCCGUGAGCUCGGUCGGGACCGGUUAUCGAGAAAAAUCGCCAGUCCCCUCUGCCCUCAGCCCGACGCCGCAAGUGCUCGGGGCGAACAUGCUCCAGGACGCUCUGGAAGUUGGGCCUCGAAGGGGGACUCGCGCCGAGGACGCGCACAAUAUCGGAGAGGAGAACGGCGAGGAGGAGGCCGGGGACGAUUUGGAGGGAAUGGAUCGGGAGAUCGUGGACGACAGCAUCAACGGCGAAACACGGCCGGCGAAUAACGACAGUGGCGAUGUCGAAAAUCCUGUUUUCGGGGCGAGGAACUAUAGUGCCACGAUCAAAAGCGUGACGUCAGCCAGACAAAUACCAGUUUACGCGAGACAUAAGAUAGCCCCCGCCCCACCAAACCCUCCAGGUUUGUCCGCAACGUCCAACAUACCUAACGUCGGCGGUCUAGUGCAAAACAUGAAUGACUUAAGCGCGAAAACGAACUUAAACGCUAGCUCUUGCCAAUCUUCCAAUUAUUCCGGAGAUGUUCCAGAUUCGUUGGUGCCCGCGUGGCCUGCUUGUUCCGUUUCGCAGAGAGUUAAAAAAUUAUCCUGGGACGACGAUGACAGGACAGUGGAUAGCGUGGAAGUGACGGCGGAAACAAUGUCCAGAAACAGUCAGAUCGGGAACGAACGACUUAACCUUACCGUGUAUUUUUAACCAUGAAACGAGAAAGACUGAAAAA